CCAUGUCGCAGUCCCUCAAACCAGAAACGGCCAACUCCGAGUCGCCAACUCCCCAACUCAAACAGAACAAAAUCGGAUACAGAAAUAAUACGAAGUCGUCUUUCAGUGAAUCGGCAGAUCUGCAGUUUCUCGAAAUUCCCAAGGGAGACGACAUGCGCAUCCACGAUGUCAGACUCGAUGAGGAGCACUUGUUAUUCGAAGUCUUUUCAGAGUUGAUGGUUUAUUUACAGCCGUCUGGAUUUCCUUCAGAUUUGUUGCGGCAGGCUAUGUACAACCACGUUCCUAUUCAACUUCUGGCUUUUCAGAUGCUGAAACUUGAUAUCGCAGCGAUAGUUUGGAUGUUUGUGUGGGGAAUAGCAUCCCUUUGUCUACCUGUUGCUGUUUUCAUCAAUAUAUGUUGUUCAAAAAAUAUUCGACGAUUGGACGAAGAAUAUUCCAUUGGACCAGUCAGCAAUGGAGAGAGAUGGACCGGUCGAGCUUUAGGAAUAUCAUUACAUGUGCUGCUUGUACUGUUGCUUUCGCCCAUCUUCCUCAUUCUUGCCGGAAACGAGCAAAUAUCCCGAUCGAUAUCAAAGUCGCCAGCGUCUGCAACUCUGAUUUACGAGGACAUCAACACUUUUUUGAGAAACACUCACAUGCAAAUCGCCUUCGUGGUGACGUCUUCGACAGACAUCGCAGUUGAGGAGAUCAGGAAAGAUUUGGAAGCUGUUAACGAACUACUCGGAAAACCGUAUCAGCAAGAACUUGAUGCGGAAACAGGAAUCGAAGCGGCUCUAAUUGAAUUAGACGACCUAAGAGUAUCAACUGCCAAAGUGACUUUGCUUGUCGCGGACCUUGUCAAUGACUGUGAUUCAGCCAGAAUAGCAACAACUUUACUACAGGACCAGCUCAAUGAUAUUGCUCGUCAACUUAAUAUGCUGAGACAACAGUGUAGCUUGCAAGAUCGACCUCUUUGUUUUACCCUUCAGUAUCAUGGAUUUGAAACAUCUUUCUCUGUUGACAACGUAAGUAAAUUUUCAAAAUAUUUGGUCUUGAAGAGCACAUUCCGGAUAAUAUCAUGAAUUCUAACGAUGUGGUUCCAUAUGCCAUAUACCAAGGGGGUCUAGAAGUUACUUGGUAUUAAAUUGAUGAUGUUAUCUGCAAGUAGCACAUC